AGUAAAAGUCACGUUGGAAGGAAAAGGGGAGAGAGGUAUCUACUUACAGCUGCUGUCAGAUAUCCGAUCACAUUCGCAUGGCGAGGAGGUAACCUGAUCGAGCUGGGAGGAGUGACUUUACCAGGGAAGGCUUGAACGAAAAAAAAUGUCUUCUUCUUCUGCCGGAGAAGUCACAACAGCAAAUGACAUCAAGAGGGAAAAUGUGAAGGAAGUGAAUGAGCGGGAGUGCAUCAAGUUUGUGGCGCUGGACGCGGCGGAGUUGUCCAUGGAGCGCACGACUCCCAACGCGGACGCGGUGCGCGCAGAGCUGCUGGUGAGCGCCUCUUCCUCUCUGGCGUUCUCCCCUGAGCAAGUGGCGUGUGUCUGCGAGGCUCUGCAGCAGGGAGGCAAUGUGGACCGGCUGGCCAGGUUCCUGUGGUCCCUGCCACAGAGUGACCUGCUCCGUGGCAACGAGAGCAUCCUAAAAGCCCAAGCCCUCGUCGCUUUCCACCAGGCACGGUACCAGGAGCUGUACAGUAUUUUGGAGAACCACAGUUUCAGUCCAUCCAACCACACCUUUCUGCAAGAUCUCUGGUACAAAGCCCGGUACACCGAGGCGGAGAAGGCGCGGGGGAGACCCCUGGGCGCCGUGGACAAGUACCGGAUCAGGAGAAAGUACCCUCUCCCCAGGACUAUCUGGGACGGCGAGGAGACGGUGUAUUGUUUCAAGGAGAGAUCUCGGAACGCGCUGAAGGAUCUGUACACUCAGAAUAGGUACCCCUCUCCUGCCGAGAAACGAAAUCUCGCCAAGAUCACAGGACUUUCCUUGACCCAAGUCAGCAACUGGUUCAAAAACAGGAGGCAGAGGGACAGAAACCCGUCCGAGGCACAAUCCAAAAGUGAAUCAGAUGGAAACCACAGCACAGAGGACGAGUCCAGUAAAGGCCAGGAGGAGCUGUCACCCCGGCCCCUCUCUAACUCCUCAGAUGGGGUGAUCCCACAUGGGAUUCAAAUAGGGCCUCUGGACAGUGGGGUGGUCAUCCAACAGAUCGGGGACAUCAAGAUGCCCCCUGGAUCCAGCAGUGGCGGUCUCUACAACGGAAGUCUAGUGGCCAGUAACACCUCUUCCACUGUGUUUCACAAUGGUGGCUCGUCUUACCUCCACACACCUGGAAACAUCCUCUUCAACGGGCUCAAUCUGGGCAUCCAGCCCUUGGCCUUCAACCCCCUGAGGUCGUCCGGAGGGGUAUUGCUGGGGAACUCUGGAGUGGACAUGCAGAUACAGACAGGGCAGGAGAAGGGACUGGGUAGUUCUGCCGAGGACUCGAGCCUGCAGUACGCCUCUUACUCUGGCUGUUUGAACGGGGCCGAGGUGAAGCUGGAGGGGGCUCACCCCAUGGCCGCCCAGAACGGGGGCUCCUCCGUGCUGACGUUCAGCUCCUCGUCGGGGGCACUGCAGCUGGGUGGCUACAGUCUGGUCCACGUACCGAGCGUGUCUGACAGUGACGGCAACUCAUUACUCAACAGUGACGUAGGUCUUCCUCCCCUGCAGCUCUCCUCUUCCUCCUCAAUCCCACAACAAGGUACCAUACCUCUGAAUAACAUAGCAGUGAGUUCCUCCAGUGACGACUCGUUCCAGCACCACCACAGCACAGUCCUCUACAGCAUGAGCAACGCCGGCCAGCCGUCCAUCAAGAAGGAGCCUCUGGAGGGAGGCGUCUACUCCUCGUACCACCACGGGCUUCACCUGGACCCCAGUGGUCAGAUCAGCUACACCACCUCCAGCUCUGAAGAGGCUCCCUCUAGCCGAGGCCCUGCCUCAAGCACGGAGGUCCCUGCCGUCACCUCGUCCAGCCCGGAGCCGGAGGUCUACACCACUCUCACCAUCAGCACACCCCUGAUGGCCCAAACAGACGCGAGCAGCCACCACCUCCAGCCCACAGAGUAUCUCGGGGGCCACGGGGUCCGGGCGCCUCCGCCUUCGCACCUGAUGGGCCCCGGCAUGACCGGCAACUACAUGAACCUUUCAGAAAAUAAGGUGGACGGCUCGGGCUCGGGAGGCAUGAAUGAGAUGGUGCGGGCGAUGUGUGGGGAGAUGGAGGCUGUUGAGGGGAAGGAGUUAGCCAAACUACAGACAGUGCAGAUGGAUGAGGACAUGGCUGACCUUUAACCUCAAAUCCAUCUCCUCGCAGAAGCUCUCAUGUCCCCCCUAGCAGUGAUAUGGUGAAUCUUUUUACCUUUGUGUGAGCGUGUUUUUUUUGUUGGGUUUUUUGUGUUUUUUUUACUAUUCAAUUCCUUUAAAUGUUAAAUUAUUUUAGUUCAUUUGACUUUUACAAUGCACUCUAGUAAGAGGAGAGCCCUGUGAGUGGGCAUGAUCAGUUUAAUCUAAAAAUAAAAUAACAAGUCUAUGACCUCUUUUAAGAGCCCUGUUAGAGAGAGAAAACAUUACGUUGACUGUUUUGUGCAAACAGAAGAAGUCGCCGUAACGCGUGUGAGCCAUGUUUAAAUGUGCAUUUUUAUAGACAACACCUGCUACUUCCUGUUGAGUGGAUUUGAUCUGCAGAAGCAGGUGCUGGAAUGCCUCGAGUCACAUGACCAGGAUGUUCCUCCAAACUAAAUGCGUCAUCUGGCUCAAACCAAAAAGGUCACUCAGCCAGGGAGAGAAGAGAGCCUCUGUGGAAAUGAUCAGUUGAACAGCAACAGCUUUACUGAAGGACUGCGCUCACGCGCGCACACAGAAUAAUUUUUCGAGACGGAAAGCUGCUGAUUUAGGAAAAAGUGUCCUUCAGUGAGCACCUUAAAUCCCCUCAUUGCCUCUCAAGUCACUGCAAAGCCCCGAUGUUGUGCUUUAUAUUAAACCAAAUGAACUCGGGAGUGUUAGAGUUAAGACGAAUGUGCCUUUCUGCUACUUAGAACACACAAUGGCAUUUGGUCUGUUUUGGCAUUUGCACUACCAUAGUGACAUUACAAUGUGCACAUCUCAAACAGCCUUCAUGUCGGAGGGUUGUCAUAUGUGACAACAACAAACGCACACAAAUACAGCAAUGACUCCAAUUUCAAGCCCCGUCAUCAAACUGUUAGACCAAGAUAUGGGCGACGAUGAAAGGCCACGUUGUCAGUUCGCAUAUUGUCCAUCGUAUGUUGUUUAUAAAGCUGCAACUCAUUGUAUGUUAACUAGAUGUGAUGAUGCUAUACUAUAUCGUGUUUCAUUUUGACGUGUCUCUCCAACUGUCGGUAAUCAUGAGUCAUAUUUUCUAUGAAGCCAGAUGCACACAAGUGAGUAUGCUUUUAAAACCUACAAUGAACAAAGGAACAGAAGUUAGGAGAGGACAAAUCUGUUGGGUUUUUUUAAUAGUCCCACUGUAAAACCAGAGAGGGAUUGUAAUAAUAUCUCUUUGCAUGGCGUCAUAAUGUUUUGGACACUUGUGCCUUUUGUUUUGUGAAAAAUAGUAAAAGUAAGCUCUUGCGUUGGUGUACAGGCAGUGACAACGUGGCCUCGGAGAUUUACCGCCGCUGCCGCUGUCGCUGGCACAUUUGCUGGGUGUCAAAUGAGGGAACGAGCAGAGAAUGUCGAGCCCAUUUGUUAAGUGUGUCGGGUGCUUUUCACAACAGGAGCCUAAUGUCUCGUUGUCAUACAUGACCAUUAUAGCACAUUUCAGCUUCACAGCCAAGUCAUACCAUGCACAUGUAUCAGUGCAUCACAUGUUUUCAUACUCGAGGACUGAUAACACUUUAAUUUGUCAGGAUUUGUGACAUGAUCCCAUCAAUUUGAAUAGACAGUUCAGUGGAAGUAUCCUCAGUGCUUUAAUGUAAUAUACCAAAAAUAGUAAACUGAUGGUUUUGUUUUUUCUUUUUGUUUGUUUGUUCGUUUUUUUAUCUUAGUUUGAAUGAUACAUUUGUUAUCUGAAAUUAUGUGAAUGUAUUUUUCUAAAUCUCCGUACUAUAAUAAAAGUUUAUAUUUAUAAAAACAUAACACAGACAUUUUUAAUUAUUUUCAACAAAUUGAGCUACAAGGUGACUGAUGAAAUGAACGAAUGAUCUUCUCAAGAUUUUAGUAAUUCAACAUGCCCAUAUUCAGUGCAAGUCACAGACAAAAAGAAAAUGUAUUUCCAACAUAUAAGAUUUAUACGUAACCAAACUGUGGAUUUGGGGGUGGGGGGGUCAUGCAGUAAUCCAGCAAGCCUGGCGCAGCUCUUUGCAAACCUGCAGUGAUCGUUUGCACAUGCCUGGCAACCUGGAGUUCAUUAGCCCUCCUUUUCUCAUCUCAGCCCCUGUAAUUCAAAUAAACAGCAACGAGAUUUCCAGAGGUAAAGCUCUUUUUGGGUGGGGUUGAGGGGGGUCCUGCAGCUCCCCACAACUCAGUCCAAUCCAAUUCCCUGAGUGAAGGACGAACAACCCCCCUACCCCCGAGCUUUAACAUGUU